UAAACCGCUAAGAUUCGACCCAAUUAAGUGUGAACAAAGGGGAAGUGCUUUCCAUGCAGUCGGUUCCAGUGUUUAUAUAUAGCGAAACCUGGAUGGUUAAAUAACCUGUCCUGUUAACCGCGCGUGAACUACAUAACAGUGCAGGGCUGAAAGCACUGACCCUAAAUAACCUAAAAGUAACUCGUCUUCGAGAUACCUGGGCAAGUCAAUCAGCGGUCAACAACACGAAUGAAGAAGCAUCUUAUCAUCAAUGCUGAUGACUUUGGUUACUGUGAGGAGAGGAACAAAGGCAUUGUAGAAUGUUACAAGGCAGGGGCUGUUACAAGUACAACCUUGAUGGUCAGUGGUCAAGCUGCCCAGCAAGCUGCUGAACUUAUCUCUGAGUACAAUAUACCUGUUGGUUUGCACUUCAACAUAACUGAGGGGCAGCCAGUUUGCCAGUCAUUUCAGAACAGUGGCUGCACAUUCACAGAUGCAAAUGGUUGGAAAUUAGGAAAGAUGGGCUUCAGAGAAGCUUUACAAGCACAGAAAGUGGAUAUGAAAGAGGUGAAGUUAGAAUUAGAAAGUCAGCUCGAGAAGUUCCAGUCUUUGUGUGGUCAGCUUCCACAUCAUGUAGAUGGACAUCAGCAUGUCCACACCCUGGAUGGAGUGAGGAAAGUGUUUGCUGAAGUCCUAUCUAGUCACAACAUUUCCUGCACCAGACUUCCAGUGGAGGAUCUCUCUGCACCCUGGCUUAACAGUGACUGGAAACAAUUCUUAACUUCAGUAGUGAACAGUGCAGUAGAAACCAAGGAAUUGUUUUAUCAGAAUGGAAUCAGGUCAACUGAUUAUUUCCUGGGCAUGACCACCAUGGGCAAUGAAAUGACUGAGGAACGAAUCCAGAGUGCAUUGAAAGCAAUUUUUUCACCAGAUAAUAACAUUAAUAAGAAUAAAUCUUUGGUGUCGUGUGAACUAAUGGUCCACCCUGGGUAUCCAAAUUUAGACCCCCAAGGUGGCUGUGGGGAAGGCCCAGAUGACUUUGCUAAGUCAACAGACAGAUUGCAUGAAGUUCAAGUUCUUACAAGUCCAGCCAUGAGACAGUUCUAUAAAGAGCAAGGUAUAGAACUGAUCUCAUUUCAAGAUUUGUGAGGAAAAGGCAUGAAGUUAAAGUAAAUAGAAAUGCAGUAUUGUCAUAAUUUUACAGGGAACACAACAAACUGAACUGAUCUCAUUUACUUUGAAGGAAACUAUUGUAAUUUGCCAAUAGUAUACAGUACCUGUAUCAAUGUUUUUUUUUUUUUGUUAUGAAAUAGUCUAGUCUUCAACUGGCACUCUGUUACCAUUAUAUCCUUUUUAGAAUAAUCAGACAUACAUUAAAAAUAAAGAUAUUCAUUUUUACAUUUUAUUGUGAUUGUGGCAAAGACAUACACCACUUGUCAUUGCUGUUUUAAUGUAAAUUUACUUUCAUAUAAGUUCUGUGAUAUAUGUAGAAAAUAUUUCAUUUCAAAAUUAUUUAAAACAGGAUACUGAAACACACUGAUACACAGGUCAUGUAUGUGUAAUCAGCAACUUUCCUUGUGAAGACUUUCAUCAGUUCUGCUAGGUCCAUGGAAAUGGAAAAACACUGUCAUUCUUAACCUCCCUCCUCUCCCCAUUCAACCCAUAUUCUUGAUCCUGGUAAAGGUCUCCAAUAAAAAUGGGUCUCUUGAGAAAAAUAAGAUAAAAUGAGAAAUGAAAAAAUAGAAAAACAAAUACUAGCCGUCAUUAUUCUCCACCAUAGCCUGCAACAUACACUUUCUCCUACUAGUGUCACUUGUUACCUUGAUAAGACUUCCGCCUGAGAGAUAUGCAUUUGUCGGCUGAUUUGUAGCGAUGACCAACUUCGGAGCUUUGACAAAAUCGUGCAGACAUUGGAUUAUUGUUGUUACUGUUCUAGAGGAGGAUUUUCAGAAAAAAAAAAGAUAAAAAGAAGGUUUCAUAAUUUACAGUACGAAUGUUUUUUUAUCUCUCGUAGGAAAAGCGCGUAUAAGUUAGACUGAUAUUAUAACUAAAUGUUUUAAAUUGCAAUGCGUCACUUUCUGCCGACUAUGUGAGUUUCGUUUAAGACAUUUUGGUUUAACUGGUCGAGCCUCUCAUUUAACACCAUGAGCAAAUGUAGACCUAUUUCCCAGAUUUCACGACAGGGAUAUUUGCGUUUUAACGAACACUAGUUUCAUAGCAGUUUCAUACGAACAUUGUUUUCUGUGUCCUGUACUUUUGUAUACUGGGUAAAUUCUCAACAUGUUUUAUUAUUGAAAUAUUUUGCUUUGGCACGUAUAUAUUAAAAAAAUGGGUCAAUGCAUACUAAAAAUACAUAAGAAGGAAAAAUUAGAAGGUAGCGAAUGCAAUGACCCUGUAACCCAUGAUAUCAAUUCUCUGUUAUGUACAUGUAUCUGUCAUGCAUAUAGCACCACUUUAUGUAGAUUUUCAAAAUGUUGACAUUCAGUAUGGAUAAUAUGAGGUAAUUGCAAUACUUUUCUUAUUUGAAUACUGCCCACAACUUUAUGUUUAAUAUCAAAACCGAUUAACACUUGCUAACGUCUGUAAAUAAUAUAAGUUUAUAGAGAUGGCUGCUUGAUAAUAAAUAUUGA